AUGCCGAGCUUGCCAGCGCCCACAGCGUCUACCUCGCUUGCUCAGGAUGUCUUACAGCUCCACGGACAUCAAAACUUCCGCCAUCGCUUGGUUUUGUCGCUUCUGUCGCAACGAGCGAUCAGGAUAGAAAAUAUUCGCUCAGACGCAAGUUAUGAUGAGCCCGGUUUACGAGACUACGAGGUCUCGUUCCUACGACUGAUAGAGCGCAUUAGCAAUGGUACGAGGGUGGAGAUAAGCUACACGGGCACUGCAGUCUCUAUGCGACCGGGAAGUCUGCAAGGCGGCCAAAUCAAUCACACCUGCCCACUGUCAAGAUCCAUUGGCUGGUUCCUCGAGCCUUUGAUCGUGCUCGGGCCGUUUUGCAAGGAACCUUUGAACCUGCACAUGCAUGGCAUGACCACGGAUGGUCGCGAUUCAUCUGUCGACGUGCUGCGAGUCUCAACGCUACCUCAUUUGUCAAUGUUUCUCGAGAGCGCUGAUGGCCUGGAAGUGAGGAUCAUCAAGAGAGGCCAUCCACCCAAAGGCGGCGGCGAAAUACAAUUUCGAUGCCCUAUCGUACGCAAACUGAAGCCAGGUUUUAACUUUGUCGAUCCGGGCCGGAUCAGCAAGAUCAGGGGCAUCGCUCAUAGUGUCAGAGUUUCACCCCAGUUCUCCAACCGACUCGUCUCUGCCGCCCGAGGUGUACUCAACUCAUAUAUACCGGAUAUUUACAUCUACACCGACGUCUAUCGAGGCGCAGAGAGUGGCAAAUCGCCUGGAUACGCUCUCACGCUCCUGGCCACCAGCACGACGGCGGCGCUCUUCUCUGCUGAAGCGACCUCCUGCACCAUUUCAAAGACGCAGGCUAGCCCGGGCGCAAUCUUGUCUGCUUCGCGCCAGACCAACCUGUCGUCCUUGCCUACGGGAACUAGCGAUGAAAAGCAAGGAGAUGAGGACGAGUUGAGGCGAUCGCAAGUCACGCCGGAAGAUAUUGGACAAAGAGCAGCACAUGCGUUGCUGGACGAAAUAAGCAGGCAAGGCUGCAUAGAUAGAGGUCACGAGUGGCUCGUUUGCCUCCUCAUGAGCUUGUCUGGCGAAGACGUUUCGCGCGUCAAGAUUGCUGGCCCGAUGGAUCCUCUACUAGUCCAAUUCUUGCGCGAUCUCCGGGAUUUCUUUGGCGUCACGUUCAAGAUCAGAUCAGUCGAUGCUAUGUCGCAGUCUGACGACCCUGUCCAUCCAGCAGAAGAGCUGUACCUGAGCUGCGUCGGGAUAGGCUACACCAAUGUAGCAAAGAAAGCUGGCUGA